AUGUGUAUAUCCUCGUGUCUUAUCUACCCAGUUCGCUUCAUCUUUCAUUCUUUCUUUCUUUCUUUCUUUCUUUCUUUCUUUCUUUCUCUCUCUCUCUCUCUCUCUCUCUUUCUUUUAUUUCUUAACUGCCUGUCGGCAUCAUCUCUUGGGUGUACCCUCGGAUGCUUUCUUAGCAAUUCUUUCAUUUUUUUUUCUUUCUUGCAUUCAUUUGUUUCUUUUUCUUUGCUUUGCAUCUGUUCUUUUGGUAACAUUUUCCUCCAUUUUCUUUUUUUCCUCCAUUUUCUUUUUUUCCUCCAUUUUCUUUUUUUCCUUCGUUUUCUUUUUUUCCUCCAUUUUCUUUUUUUCCUCCAUUUUCUUUUUUUCCUCCAUUUUCUUUUUUUCCUCCAUUUUCUUUUUUUUCUCCAUUUUCUUUUUUUUUCGUUUUUUUUUUUCCUUUUUUUUUUUUCCAUUUUUUUUUUUUCCUCCAUUUUCUUUUUUUUUUUCCUCCAUUUUCUUUUUUUUUUCUCCAUUUUCUUUUUUUCCUCCAUUUUCUUUUUUUCCUCCAUUUUCUUUUUUUCCUUCGUUUUCUUUGUUCUUUCCGUUUUUUUUUUUUUUCUCUACCUUUCAUUUGUUUUCCGGUUUUUUCUUUCUUUUAUUUUUCUCUUCAUUUCUUUACAUUUUCUUUUGCUUCCAUUGCUUUUUAUUUUUUUAAAUUUUAAUUUCUUUCUUACUUUUUUUUUACCCCACUUUAUAUUUUCUUUCUUUUUCUCUUCUCGUCUUUCCACUCAUUUUACUCUUUCUUCUUCAUGCGCAUGUAUUCUUUUUCUUUUCUUUUUUUUUCUCUCACGUGAAUUGAAAUACGGGGUGGGAUGA